AGUGUGGUGAGAAGGAGGGGGACCGCAGAGGCGAGGCGGGGAAGAGCGUCGGGAGGGUCAGAGGUGUAUAAGAGGCAGGGUGGAUACCGGUUUCAGGGACAGGACGGGGAAGGGGGGAACCAGCACGUGCUGGAGUGGAGGAAACGGGGGGCUGGGUCUAGCGGCAGGGAGAAGCGGAGUAUUUCGUUUUCUUCGUCGUCGACGGAUCCGGCGCCGGGAGAGAACGGCCUCGGGGCCGGUGCCGGUGCCAGAUUCGUGCUGGGGAUCGUCGACGCGAAGACGCGCCGGGGGGCGCGGGUGGCUUCGCUUACGAAAAGGGGCUUCCAGGUGGGUUGUUGGGAACGGCUGCCGCGCGAUGCGCUUCGGGAGUGUGUGGGUGUGGGUGUGGGUGUGGACUCGUCUACGGAGCCUGAGCUGUCCGAGGCGCAGCUCAGGACUGCUGUUUAUACAAUUAUUCUGACGAUGGGGGUUUGGGUUGCGUCGCAAGAGGGUUGGCUGGGUUGA